AAGCGAUUAAUUUUGGGGGGAAUAGAGAAAGAGACAGAGAGAGAGGCAGUUCCAGAAUUUUCAGUUCGAUUUCUCAUCACAUCUCCCCUUGGAGCGAUUUUCUUUCCAUCUAUGUCGGUAUCUCGCUGUCUCGUCGUCUUCCUGCUCCCCUUCUCAUUUCUAGCUUUAACACUUUGUCGCGGUUCUUUUGCGGCGCCGCUGAUCUGUCCUCGAUCGGACGUAGUCGGAGUAGUGGAAGCUCUGAGAUCGCCGCAGUGCCCUCUUUGGAUCGAGCGUUCUUUUUCUGACGAGGUUAAUGGUGACAUUCUCGAUAAAGAGUUGGCUCAUGCUCAGGAUGGAACCUAUUAUUCAGUUUUUUUCUAUGCAUCGUGGUGCCCAUUCUCACAAAAGUUUAGAUCCAUAUUUGAUACACUCAGCUCCAUGUUUCCACAAAUAAGGCAUUUAGCAGUUGAACAAUAUUCUGCAAUGCCCAGUGUUUUCUCAAGAUAUGGGAUCCACGGUUUUCCUGCCUUUGUGUUGACCAGCAGAACAGCAAGCAUAAGGUAUCAUGGAUUGAAAGAUCUUGAUUCCUUGGUAGAUUUCUACAGAGAACAUACAGGUGAAGAUCCUGUUGCAUAUUUCUCUAUUGACCAAGGAAAGGAAAAUACAGGCGCUCUCCAGCCAUGGAGGGGAACAACUAAGGAAUUCCUAAAGAAUGAACCUUAUCUAGCAUUUUCUCUACUUUUUGUCUUCUUAAGGGCAUUUACUUAUUUCCUCCCCAAGGUUAUCUUUCAACUCAAAGCUUCCUGGGCUCUGUAUACCAAUCUCCAUGUGGACUUGGGCAUCUUUAGUGGACUGAAUCAGCUUCUGGGGCGUGUUCUACUUCUAAUUGAUGUGAAGAGGAUAUGGAGAAAAAUCGGCCUCACCAGCAAGACUGGAAAUUUCCAGAAAGGAGCGAAAAGCGCUCGGGUAUGGGCAUCCUCUCUUGCUUCUGUCUCUCUUGGUGAAUCAUCUCCUACUAGGCCAACCCUUUUGGAUUCUAUCCUAAUAGACUGUGAUGAGGAGGAAGAUGCUGGAGAGGAGGAGGUAGAGGAGGAAGAUGAUCACCUGCACCUAGAUGUUGCAAAGGUUAAUGGUGACACUCUUGAUAAAGAGUUGGCUCAUGCUCAGGAUGGAACCUAUUAUUCAGUUUUUUUCUAUGCAUCGUGGUGCCCAUUCUCACAAAAGUUUAGAUCCAUAUUUGAUACACUCAGCUCCAUGUUUCCACAAAUAAGGCAUUUAGCAGUUGAGCAAUAUUCUGCAAUGCCCAGUGUUUUCUCAAGAUAUGGGAUCCACGGUUUUCCUGCCUUUGUGUUGACCAGCAGAACAGCAAGCAUAAGGUAUCAUGGAUUGAAAGAUCUUGAUUCCUUGGUAGAUUUCUACAGAGAACAUACAGGUGAAGAUCCUGUUGCAUAUUUCUCUAUUGACCAAGGAAAGGAAAAUACAGGCGCUCUCCAGCCAUGGAGGGGAACAACCAAGAAAUUCCUAAAGAAUGAACCUUAUCUAGCAUUUUCUCUACUUUUUGUCUUCUUAAGGGCAUUUACUUAUUUCCUCCCCAAGGUUCUCUCUCAACUCAAAGCUUCCUGGGCUCUGUAUACCCAUCUCCAUGUGGACUUGGGCAUCUUUAGUGGACUGAAUCAGCUUCUGGGGCGUGUUCUACUUCUAAUUGAUGUGAAGAGGAUAUGGAGAAAAAUCGGCCUCACCAGCAAGACUGGAAAUUUCCAGAAAGGAGCGAAAAGCGCUCGGGUAUGGGCAUCCUCUCUUGCUUCUGUCUCUCUUGGUGAAUCAUCUCCUACUAGGCCAACCCUUUUGGAUUCUUGAUAUUGAACUUUGUUAUCUGAACUCCAUGGCUACAAUCACAAUAACAAUAAACGCUCAAUGUGUUUUGUAGAUCAGUUUUAAUGCUCGUAGGUUCAUCUUUUCUUCAUGAUGCCUAUUUGUUUUGGACCUUCAUGUAUGAGAUUGGAUACAAAUGAGGGGAUCAUAGCAUGUAAAUUUGGAGAACUUGGUCUCAAUGUAUAUUAAUAUUCAUCCAUAGACAAAAGUGUGAUGCUCCAUCCAUUUUGUUGUCUUGUGUCUGUAUUUGAGUUUCCAUUAGAGCUGUUUUCCAAGCUUUUUUUAUUGUUUCAGCUAUUAAACUUU